CAAAUUACUGAGUUGUAAUUAAUUUGAUUGAAACUUGAAUCCGCGGAGUCACCAACCGGCAACCGCUAUAAAUGCACCUUGUCUCCCCGGCAAACGGUUUACCGUCUACUUCGGCGCCCUGAGUGAAAGGAAUAUACUCUUUAGGUUUUCUUCUAUUUGUCAAAGCAAUCCGAAACCCUACCCGUAUCUUCAACGAAGUUCUUUCUUCUUUUUUUCCACUCUUUCGAAUCGAUGGCUGCUAAACCUCUCUCUGCAAAGGCAAUUGCCCUUACAGAAAAGAAAAUGGACAUGACUUUAGAUGAUAUAAUUAAAAUGUCAAAGAACACUGCAGCAACUAAAGCUAAGCAUCAGCGAAGGCCUCUGAACAAAAGUCAGAAAAUUGUUAAUGAUGCUAUUCAGGAUAAGGCUUUAAAGGUUAGACAGUAUAUGGGCUCAAGAUCCUCUGUGAGACAGGGUGUUCUUGCUCAGAGAAGGUCAAAUUUCCAGAAAAACCAUUUUCCACUUGCAAAUGAGGCUGCAAGGAAAGCCAUAGUGGCUCCUGUCCAAAAUAGAGUUUUUAAUGGUAGCAUGGUGGCAAAUAAAAUGAAAAGAUCAAGGGUUGGAGCUAUGCCAGUCCAGAGGAAAGCUGCAAAUGGGAGUUUUGUUGCUAAGAAGGACAAUGCAGUGCCUAAGCAGCAGAGGCUUCAAACACUGGAUUCACUUUUUGCCAACAUGAAGGAGCAGAGGAUGAGGGUUUUUGCACAUCAGACCAAUGGCAGUCUUCAACGCCAGAACAACGGUGGUGUACAACAUAACAGGGAAGGCCGGCCAAGGCUGCCUUGGGCAAGAGGCCGAUUGGGCAACUAAUGCAUGCAAAUAGUUGGUAUUUCUUUUUAGUGCAAGGGCUGAAUUCUUACCUAGCUGGUUCAAGUUGAAAAAAACUAUUUUUUUCCCCCCUUUUUAAUCUCAUUGUCUGUGUCCUCCACAUUUUGAUAAAAAAAUUCAUGUUACCUGGUUCAUCUGAUCAAUGUAUAGCAGGUCUUUUCUUGCUUUA